AUGGCUGGUGUUUCUAAUAUGUCUUUUUUGUAUCAAAAUGUUAGAGGAUUAAAUUCAAAAGUUGGCAUUGUAUUUCGCAAUAUUCUUAAUUGUGAACAAAACAUAAUUUGUUUAACGGAAACAUGGCUGAAUACAUCCAUUUUAAGUGAAGAAAUUUUUUCUUGUUAUAAAGUGUAUAGACGGGAUAGGGAGACAAGUUCUUCUAGCAAACUUACGGGAGGAGGUGUUCUUAUAGCUGUGUCCGAGGAACUUACUAUUGAUUGGAAAUCUAAAUUUAAGUUAAAUGAUAUAAAUGAAGCUGUAAAUUUGUUUUAUAAUAUUAUUGAUAAAAUCAUUGAUUUGCAUGUACCUACAUAUCCUAAUUACUAUAAAAGAUACCCUCUUUGGUUCUCUACUUCUACAAUAAAAGUUAUUAAAGAAAAGCUUAAAUUUCAUAGUCGAUGGAAAAAAUACAACAAUAAUUUAGAUUAUUUAACCUUCAAAAUUUAG